AUGAACGAUUUCAAGAAAGAUACCGAUCCCAGCGUCGACAACAUCAAUAUUGCUGGCAGGAACAAGACUGAGCCUGCCGUCAAGCACGAUUUGUAUUCCAUGAAUGAACAGGAAUCGAGCUUCAAGUACAACCCUGUGUACUAUAUGAACCAGUCUGUCAACUCUCAGAUGAUGGCAGGCAAGCCUCUCGCCAAGAUGCAGGAAUUUGAGAAGAACGUUCCUGCUUCUGAUGCUCUGAUGCCCAGUGAAUAUGAGGGCAACUUUCACGAGGGACUUCUCAUUCCCCCAAAGGAUGAGUACAAGAACAGCCACCUUCCCCAAUUCUCCCCUUCCAAAAACAUAGAUUCUGGAAUCGGAUCUGAUCUAAUUCAGUGUAUCAAGAGUCCUGAAACCAGCCCCAACCUACUUCCUUCUUCUCUCGAAAAAUAUUCAAUGAAUUCGGGCAUUGACAUCCUUCCUAUGGUCAACGAGCUUGACCAUGGGAAUUUGAUUCAGGUGAACGACUGUGAGAAUAAAUACGGCGUCGUGGCCAACGGUCAGGCCCAAAAGGCUAGGAACGUCUACAACUAUCAGGGUGUAAACUAUAACAAGCAAGAACUAGAGACUGUGAACGUAAACAAGCGGUUUUACUAUCCUACUCAGUUCUCUCAGCAGACGUCGCAAAACAAGAGAAACUUGGACGGGAACCUCGGCUUUUUCAACUACAACGGCAACAAGAACCUCUGUUACUUCAAUGGCAUCCGCGUUGAGUAUGACGAAAAAACGAAGUCCUACCAUCCCAAUUAUGAGGUGGUCGAUGAGAACAAUCCUAAUGUAAAAUAUCGCCAACAAAUGAUACCAAACGAGAAGGUUGAUAAUGAGCGCGUGUCGCCUCUGUUUAAUUUUAUUUCAAACAGUCAGGACUACAACCUCAAUAACCCUUAUUAUGAGAUUGAAUCUUACUACAAGAACAGUUCCCUCAAACACGACAUGAUGAACCCGAGCGAUGAUGGUAAAUACAGAUCGGAGGCUCUUUACCAGCCAGACCCAAUCGCAAGGAAACCUAAGAGGGACCGUAAAAAGACUGUUAAAACUGGCUCUUCUGCUGGUAGGCCCCGGUUGAACAGGAAUCACUAUUCUUGUGCCAACUGCAAUGCUAAGUCAACUCCUCAGUGGAGGUACGUUACUGGCGUGGCUGUUUGUAACGCCUGUUAUAUGAGGAUGAGGAAGGAUAAAAUAUUUCCAGGCCAUUUCAACAAGAACAAGGGUAAUAAGAACGAAUAA